AUGGUUGUCAUUAUGACGAAAGUUCGAGUAUAUCUGAGAAACAAACGCCGGCACAUACGAAAUGGCUUGCCACCGGGUUCGGGUGACAUGUCCGACUUCGGUGGGGUCCCGGGCAAUUCACCUCUGGAGCAUAGUGGAGAAUUUCAAGCUCAAACCGCAAGAAGAAAGCCUCAGUACCCCGCACGCUGGGCUCUGCCGCUUCCGACGUUGGGCGGUACGACGACCGGCGAGAGGCUGCACAAUCUCGGGUUGCGUAGAAUCGUCAUUGCUAUGGACCGACCACACAUGGGCGCUGAUGAUUCCGAAUUAGACGCAUUCUACGAUCAGCUGGAGGAAGUCAUCCGCACCGAGAAGUCCUUCUAUAAAUUCAUUGUCGGAGACUUCAAUGCGAGGAUCGGUAAGGUGGAAGAAAAAGAAGACAGGAUUGGCCAGUUUGGGAUUGGCGAAAGGAACGAAAACGGAAAUCGGCUUGCUGGGCUCAUGUCCGCGACUCGUCUCUUCCACGGUAACUCUUUGUUCGAGAAGAAGGAACAUCGCCGCUGGACAUGGGAAUCACCCAACGGCACGACACGUGCCGAGAUCGAUCACAUUAUUACGAACAGGAGACGGUGCCUUUGUGAUGUCGCUGUAGUGCCAUCUUUCUGUACCGGAUCUGAUCAUCGGCUUCUUCGGGCGAAAAUUCGUCUAUCUACCAGGCUUGAAAAACGAGCCUUGCACCGCCCGAAGACAAGAAGAUCGGUCGUGUACGAUGAGGCCCAUAAUUUAUUGAAGCUAGGAGUUCGGUGGUUCAACGUUGUGUGCAAGCGCGAGGAGGAGCCUGCGAGACUUGAUCCGAAUGCAACCCACCUCGAGCGACUGAUUGCUGACACCAGUUGCAGAAUAGCGCUGCAGGAGGACAUACGACAGUUCAGGCAAAGAAAAAUCCUCGAAGCUGCACAAGGAAGAUCAAGUAUAAAGAAGUGCAAGCGGGACCUCACCGAUCAUCGCGUACCACUUUCUGCUCUCCUGAGAGAGGACGGAACCCUCACUACUUCUAGAAAGGAGAUGGAAUCUAUAGCGGAAACGUUCUACACAAGUCUAUUCCGCUCCUCCACACCCGUACCAGACCCUGUUAUCCCACUGCCCCCCGACCACCUACGAUCCUUACCUCAGAAGUCCGAGUUGCCAUCGACAGCAUGA